CAUUGGCUUAUUGAUUAUCAGGCCAGAAAGGAAUAGGUUACAGAAUUCUCUUUCUUCUCAGAAACUCUGCAGUUCAUCUUCAAUGGCAGAAGCAACACAGAGGAUUGCAGUAGUUACAGGCGCAAACAAGGGGAUUGGUUUUGAACUAUGCAGGUUGUUGGCUUUGAAAGGAAUCAUGGUGGUGUUGACAGCAAGAAAUGAGAAUAGGGGUCUUGAAGCUGUUGAGAAGCUGAAAGAGUUUGGGCUCUCUAAUCAUGUGAUUUUUCAUCAGCUUGAUGUGACUGACACUGCUAGUAUUGCUUCUCUUGCAGAUUUCAUCAAAACCAGAUUUGGGAAACUCGAUAUUUUGGUGAACAAUGCAGGGGUUAUUGGAUGUACACUGGAUGGCGAUGCUUUAAGAGCUUUAGGUGUAGAUUUAGCGGCCGAAGGAGUAGAGGUCGAUUGGAGUGGAAUAGUGCUGACUCAAACAAAUGAAGAAGCUGAAGAAUGUGUGGAAACAAACUACAAUGGUCCCAAGAGGAUGGUUGAAGCACUAAUUACUCUUCUUCAGUUAUCUGAUUCACCAAGGAUUGUUAAUGUUUCCUCCUCGGGCGGGAAGUUAAAGGGAAUACCAAAUGAGUGGGCUAAAGGAGUGUUAAGUGAUGCUGAAAGCUUGACAGAAGAAAGAGUGGAUGGCGUUUUAAAUAAAUUCAUGAAAGAUUUCAAGGAAGGUGCAUUGGAAGAAAAUGGCUGGCCUGCCUAUUUGUCUGCAUAUGUAGUUGCAAAAGCAGCUUUGAAUGGCUACACAAGAGUUUUGGCCAAGAAGUAUCCAUCUUUUCUUAUCAACUGCGUCUGUCCUGGCUAUGCCAAGACUGAUAUAAACUGCAGUGCUGGCUUCUUAACAGUCGAAGAAAGUGCUGAAAGACUUCUCAGGUUGGCACUGCUUCCCGAUGGAGGUCCUUCUGGCCUUUUCUUUUGUAGGAAUCAGGUGUCACCUUUUUGAUCAAGACUAGUCCUCAACAGAUCAGUUACUAGACCUCUAUAUACAGCCACAGGAGUGCCUAAUAAAUGUUUAUCUAUUGUUUUCUUUUUCUU